AUGGCGGAAAAAGUUACCGUUGCCGCGUUUUUUAUGCAAGUAAUAUGUACUCUGGCAAUAUCAAGCCUCGUAGCCCUCACAGGGUUCGUCUACGCCUGGCCAUCGUACAACAUCGAAAACUUCGAAUCUAACAGCACCGUUUUAUCGUGGCCUCUGACAACUUUCGAAAAAUCGCUAGUUGGGAGUCUAACAAACAUUGGUGCUUUAUUUAUGACUCCUAUGUGUGGAAUUCUCCUAAACAUGAUUGGAAGGCGGUAUUCGGCUAUGCUGUUUGGAUUGCCUAUGGUUAUAGGCUGGUUAAUAAUAUCUUUAACAAACUACACACCAAUUAUUAUCAUCGCAAUUGGAAUAACUGGCUUUGGUGCGGCUGGCCAAGUAGUUUCUGCAGUCUAUAUUGCAGAAAUUGUACAAGACUCGAUAAGAGGAAUGUUAACAUCAUCCUGUGUGACGAUAUACUUUACUGGGUUAUUAUUUUCUUAUAUAAUAGGAGGAUACUUAACGUAUCAGCAAGUUUUAUACGUACAUUUAACGGGCUCUUGUUUAUAUAUUGCUGCACUGGGCUUGUUAAAGGAAUCACCAGUUUAUUUGGUACAGAAGGGGAGAGAGGAGGAAGCAAAACAGUCAAUAGCCUUUUACAGAAGAGUCGAAGUGACGGCCAAAGAAGUUGAAGUCGAGAUACAGAGAAUAAAAUUGCAAUUAGACCCGAGAAUUGAUGAGAUCCUGCACGGAGAGGCUGAGAACCCACAAGAAAAGGAAUUGCUUGAGAAAAAAUUUGAACCCGUCGAAGAAACGGAGAAAGUGUCACAAUGGAAAUUCCUAAUGAAAUCCGAAUCUUCCAAAAGAGCGCUAGCUAUGGCCCUAAUCAUCAUGUCACUAAACAUCAUGAUGGGAGCCAUUGUUCUACAAGUCUACGCUGAACCAUUGUUCAAAGAAGCUGUACCAUCGAUGCAUCCAAACACUUGUGCAAUAUUGCUAGCUGUUGAUUUAAUUGUAGCUGGUUUAAUUUGCGCUGUGUUAGUCGACAGAUUUGGGAGAAGAUUCCUCAUGACAUCAUCAGCAAUAGCAACGGGAAUCUGUACUAUUUUACUCGCAUCACAAUUGCACCUGGGCUAUGGACCGUAUUGGUUUACCGCAUUUCUCAUUUACACUUACUGCUUUGUAUAUAACCUCGGAGCUGCUACCGUGCCUUUUAUUAUGAGUGCUGAAAUGUUUUUGCCUGAGGUUCGAGGUCUCUGCAACAGUAUGGUGUUGGCAUGCAUGUGGAUAACCAACUUUGUGACACUCAUCAUCUUCAACCCGAUGGUCGACAACUUCGGCCUUGGGCCGUUGUUCUACUUCUUCAGUAUCGUUUGCUUUACUACAGCCGUGUACAGCCAUUUUUACCUCGUCGAGACCAAAGGCCUUUCUGCCGAUAAGAUACAGUUGUUAUUUUUGAAAAAAAAAGAAAGAAAGCAAUAAGGUUUGAUUUAUUGAAGAGCCGUAUUUCAAUUGGUAGACAGGGUGUGACAAUUUAAGCGGUCUAAUUCAUAGAAAAUUAUAUAUAUUGUCAGUACAAAUAUUUGUCUCUU